GGGUCAAAAAAGAAAAAGAAAACCUAGGGUUUUGCCUACCGCCGCCAUCCACCUCUCCUCCUUCCGAGCAUCUACGGUCGCCGUCGCCGCCACCGCCAGCCCUCCGAUGGAGGUGCCGCCGGUUUGGACAGCCGCCCGGGUCCAGGAGGAUUUCAUCAACUACUUCGAGUCCAAGUCGCAGUCGCAGUCGCACACGCCAUGGCCGUCGAGCCUCGAGGUGCCCGUCUACGACCCCGCGAUCUUGUUCGCCAACGCCGGGAUGAACCAGUUCAAGCCGGUAUUAAUCCUCGGCACCGCCUCCCCCGAUUCGCAGCUUGGCCGCCUGCGCCGCGCCUGCAACACCCAGAAGCGCAUCCGCGCCGAAGCACAACGACCUCGACGACAUGGGGAAGGAGGAGGCCGCCGUCGGGUAUGCAUGGGAGCGCCUAUCGGAUUCUUGCCUUCGCUCCCCCUUCUGAUGUUAGUUUGUACCACCCUACUGUACCUCUGCAUCAGGUUAUGGAUCGGUAAAGUUUAAGUGGAAAGUUGGGAUCACCUUGGUGAUUUCAAUGGCGAGUGAAAUUAAGCUUCUGUUUUGGCGAUGGUGAUGUAAGUAGACAGUAAGCACGAGAUGAUGACGAGGGUCUGUGACUUGUGUAGUGAUCCUGUAACUUUUAGUUUUAAUUUUGCACAUGUUAAUCCAUUGGA